AUGUCACAACAAGCAAACAAAGGAAAAGUUGCUCUCGUUAUUGUUGGAUCUGUGGGUUGCAUCUCGGCCGUUUCCUUUUUAUUCUCCUUAUCAAUGGCUAUCUGGGGUUUUACCGUUCAUAAUGAUAUCAAAUUAGAUAAGAAUAGUACAGGUUGCACAUCUGAAACUAUAUCCGAUUUAAUGUUAGCCUAUUGUAUAUUACUUGUUAUUACAGCUUGUGGAAGUAUUUGUAAUUUAUUAACUUCAAUUUUAGAUCAAUGUUGUUGUGGUAAUGGUGAUAACACCAAUGGAGAUGAACAAAGUAAGAAACCGAAACCAUUUAAUUCUCUAUCACAAUGUUGUUUUGCAAUACUUGGACUUGCUGUUUGGGGUGUUUUAAUUGCCUUGACUGUUUACUUAUAUAAGGAUUCUUGUAGAGAAAUGAGAAAGGAAAUGUAUUCCUUAAUGAAUCCAUUCAUUAUUACUCAAUAUGUUGCAUUCCCAUUGUUCUGUGUAUGUGCAACUUGUUUGGCAAUUUGUGUUCAAUGUUGUGCAGUAUUUGCUGUUGCUGCAUUUGAUGAAAGAUAUAGCAGAGUUUAA